ACAGGAAUCUGCAAUGGUAAGAGAGCGGAUUUGGAAGAAAUCUGGAUAAUCUGUUGUACGAGCUUCAUUUAACCUAAAUUUGGUACAGCGCGAAAUUCGAAAAAAGCAACCCUUAGAGUUGAAGAUUCUGCAAUUCCAUUCAUCGUAGAUGAUGGUAAACUUGUGAUUUUUAAGGUUAAAAUAAGUAUAUGUUCGUAUGAAUUGAUGAUCGUCGGGAAUGGCAGGAAAAACGAAGAUCCUUAUAUGCGGCGACGUCGAGGGUCAGUUCAACCUGUUCCACAAGAGAAUCGUUUCGAUCAACAGCAAAUCAGGUCCAUUCGAUUUGCUGCUGUGCGUAGGGAACUUCUUCGGGAUCAACAACAAAGAGUUUGAGGCUAUCUUGACAGGUGAGAAGAAACUUCCUCUACCCACCUACAUUUUGGGGCCGAACAAAGAGGAGCACUGUGAAUGUUAUCCGGAUGAGGAGGAUGCAGAGAUAUGCGAGAAUUUGUUUUAUUUAGGGAAGAGAGGAGUUUACAUGAGCAGCUCCGGAGUGAGGAUAGCUUACCUGAGUGGAUUGUCGGGUGAAGGUGAUGGGAAUGGUUAUAAGCACACUAUCGAGGAUGUGAAAACUUUGAAAGAUGUUUGCAUAAGAUCCAAUGUUAAUUACAAAGGUGUGGAUGUUCUCUUGACCUCUCAAUGGCCUACCGGUAUAAGCUCAGACAAGAAAACGGAAUUCUCUUCAGAUUUAUCGGCGUGGUUGUGCGCACAGCUGAAACCGAGAUAUCAUGUAAGCGGUUUGGAAGGGACGUUCUACGAGAGGCCACCGUUUCGUUCCAACGGUGAUUCAGAUCUUCAAGUCGUCACGCGUUUCUUAGGAUUGGCGAGGCUCGGAAAUCCGAAAAAGGAGAAGUGUAUUUACGCGCUCUCCGUGACUCCGGUGGAUAAAAUGAAACCGAGCGAACUUCUUCAGAGAACCACCGAUGAGACGGACAGUCCAUUCAAUCUGAUCGAAUUGGAUGCAAAAGUGUUUAAGAAUAAGCGGAAACCGGAUAAAUCUCAACAGUAUUUCUUCGAUAUGAGUGAGGAGAGUCAAGAUAAUAGAGGCGGCGGCGGUAGGGGCAGACAGAAGAGGCAAAAACCUGUCUUCGAUCAAACGAAAUGUUGGUUCUGCUUGGCCAGUCCUUCAGUCGAGAAGCAUUUGGUCGUAACUGUAGCAAAUUCCGUCUAUUUGGCCUUAGCCAAAGGUGGUUUGGUCGACGAACAUCUGCUAAUAUGCCCGAUCGAACAUCACCAGAGCGUCAUCAGUUUAACAAGGGACGUUGUGGACGAAAUCGCCAAACUCAAAGAUGCAGUCCGCAGCUUCUACAAACGCGAGAACAAAGUUGCAGUCUUCUUCGAGAGAAAUUACAAAACCUCUCACAUGCAGAUCCAAGCUGUGCCGUUACCCAAAGCCGCCACGAAAGAACUAAAAGACAUCUUCAUGGCGGAAGCUGAAGGACACGAUUUCGAGAUGUGCGAGCUCGAGUCUCACGCCAGAUUGGAUCAGGUGAUUGCAGGAAACGUGCCCUACUUCACCGUCGAUUUGCCGACCGGGGAAGUUCUGUAUGCGAAGAUACAGCCGAAGAAGGGUUUCCCUAUAAACUUCGCCAGGGAGGUACUGGCCAGUGGACCCGUCCUCGAUAUGCCUGAUCGAUUGGAAUGGAAAGACUGCGGAAUGUCCAGAGAGGACGAGGAAAUGUUAGUGCAAAGGAUUAGAACCGACUUCGAACCUUUCGACCUUACUGAUUAAACAGAGA